CAUACAGCCUUACAGAGACAGGAGGGGAGAGUCAGAGACGCGGAGAAGAAGAAGAGGAGUGAGAGAGAGAGAGAGAGAGAGAAGGAGAGAAUGUCUGCUGAGAGGGUGGCUCUCGUUCCUCGUUCACAAACCGGCCCUCGCUGAGACACCAUGGGCUGUAUUGGCUCCCGCACCAUCACAGCGGAUGCAGUUCCCGUUCGGAAAGAUGGGGAGCAGCAGGGACGUGCCGAGUUUUCCUGGGAAGGAAUCAAUCUGUCCAUGGAGGACACCACCUCCAUUUUGCCCCGUCUGAAGCGGAACACCAACUCCAACUCCUAUGGGAUUGGGGCUCUGGCUAAGUCCUCUCUGACAGGUGUGUCAGGAGUUACCAGAUCAAUGAAGGACAAAGUGACCAAGCCCACUGCCAUGGCUCAGGGUCGUGUGGCCCACAUGAUUGAGUGGCAGAGCUGGGGUCAACCAUCUGCAGGGCCAGAAGGGGGAGCGGGACGCUCCAAUCUGAUCCGCGCGCGAGAGAGACGGCUUGAAAAUGAUGCCUAUUGUGACCUGAGUGAUGGAGAAAAAGAGGCACGAAUGGCAGCGGGCAUUAUGCAGCAGCUUGCCAUUUCCGAGGCCACACUCUUUGCCUGGAACUCGAUGGAAGGAGAGAGUCUCUGUGCCGACUCCAACCAGGGCAGCGUGGCUCACCUCAGUGAGGUUAACCAGGAGAGCAUCACCAGCAGAGACCAGCCAUUGCAUCAUUCCUCCGCAGAUGUGUGGCCUCACACCUACGUCUCUCAAGGCCUUUACUGUCUUACCUCCUCUGAUGCAUGGGAGCCAAUCAGCAACGAGCCAUCGGGUGUGGCUUCUCCUGCUGCUGGCUCUUAUAUCAUGGCGGGUGGGGCUUCAGGAGAGGGUUAUGAUGGCUCCACCCACUAUUUACAGCAGCAGCAGCUGACACUGCAGCAGCAGAAUCAGCUACAGCAGCUCCAACAGUAUCAGCAGUACCAGCAGCAGCAGCAGCUCCUGCAGUAUCAACAGUCUUUGGAAUAUCGACUGCACAGCGCCUCCCACUCCUUACAAGCCACGCCCAACAGCACUAUUCACAGUUUGGGCCCGCCCACUCACCCGAGACUGGCUGACCUGUGGGCGGCAGCUCAGGUGGAGCCCCAUCAGGUAGAGAUGAUGGGACAAAUGGGCAUGACCAUGGCCGAAAUGGGAAUGACUGAAGUGUUCGGUGAGGAAUCUGUUGUGGUGGAGACCGAAUGCAUCCAAGAGGAGGAGGAAGCCAAGGAUGAUGACAUAACACUCACCCUCGAACCCGAGCUGACAUCCGUAACUCCUGCCCUGACCCCUCCCCCUCAAAGAGAGGACUCUACCCCACCUGGGGGCAUGAGCCCAGGGCGAGCACCAGCAGAGCCAGUGGCUGAGCACAUGACCUAUGAGGUCACAUCCUGCGUCAUCCAAUCGCUGGAGGAGAAGGAAGAAGAGGUGGAGGAUGGGGCUGUUGUCGUGGUGGCAACCAACUGAUGGUUCAAAUCAAGGGGCAGCUAAAAGAACAAAAAACAAAACCGUCUGUGAAAUAAUCAACAAGUUAAGCUUAUCGUAUACACCCUUUUACCCCAGAUGUGUACUCAUACGGACUGUCACAUCAGGAACAGAUUUAUUCGUUAUUAAACGCUGAAAGAACAUGCACUGAGCGGAGGGCGCAUUUAAAGACUAAACGUGGGAGAGCGUCAAAGCCGGGAUGAUGCAUUACAUGUGCUGCUGCUGCUGUUUUAUGGCAGGAGCGCUGACGUCCAAGGCCGCUUGCAAAUGAAAACGAAGAGUGCAAUACUGAGAAAUCAAUACAACCAAAAGAAAGUGCAUGCAUUUGUUUUCUUUUUUUUUUGGAGUAUUUAAGUGACUGAAUUAACAAUAUCCACAUAGUAAUAAUAUAUAUUGAUUUUUGUAAUAAAACUAAAAGCCAAUGAAACAAUAUGUAUUUGUAUGUAUAUAUAACAUGUAUGUACUGUAUGUUAGUAUGAAUGUAUGAAUGUAUGUGUCUUUAAAGGUAUAUUCUGAAAAAACAUUACGAAUUUGCCGUUUGCGUGAAGUUUCCCCAGUGUACCUCCAACACAUUCACGCACACACACACUCACACAAACACUGAUGCACACACACGUACACACCCUGGAAAACAUGUUUUGCUCUUAAUAUAUCCAAGCACAAUACUGCCCAAAUGGAAACAGUGCUGCCCUUUUCAACAUCCUAACUGUAUUGUUACUAAGACUUAUGCACUACUAUGGACAUAAACGAAUGUAUUGCCUAUCUUCUUAGCGACAGCCCGGUUUUCUUCCGUUCUACGUUCUUUCUCAUCGAUGUCUGUGUUUGUCUGCCUGGCUGAGCUGCUCAAUAUUGAUUUGCACUGAACAACAAAAGGCAAACUGAAGAGUCACCGUCAUCAUUCUGGGAAGUUCCAUUAAUCUUUGCAUGCAGAAAGAGGAGCAAACUUUGAAGAGUUGAGUCUGAGACUACGGGAAACCAAACUGAGAAUCAUGGGUCCAUUUUUGGUGAACUAAUAUGUAGAAGCCAUUUAUGCCAUGCAUAUUUUCCAUGUUAUUUACGUUUUAGCUUUCCUUGUAGCUGACUUAAUGCAAAGAGAUGAACUCACAUUACCUCAGUAUCGUAAUCAUGUGGUAAUGGGCUAGAUGACAUGUUCGGUCACAGUAUGUUUUUGUCACAACAGACCAUACGACUGUGGAAGGAAAUGAAACAGAAGGUGCUUUUCUGGUUAAUGCUUGCAGGCUUUCCACUAAUUAUUUAAUAAGCUGUAAAUGAAAUACCUGCUGCAGAAAGAAGUGCACUCGACUACUAGGGUGCACAUCUCAAACCUGUGUCGAAACUUAUAUACGCUCCAAGAGAGAGAGAGAGAGAAAAAAAAACAUUUUGGAUGUGGCAACAUUAACACUAAUUUAGAGUUAGAAGGCAUUUGGUUUAGCAAUGAUUUUUAUUCUUCGAUGUUUUUGAGAGUUUUGAUUAAUGCCGUUAUGCAAUGCUGAGGCAACAUUUAUUUUUCUAAAUUAACGAGGCCUGCGAGCUGUCAUCCUUUGUGAUAUUUCCAACAUCGUAGGACUAGCGUCUGCCGAACGAGAGUCAUUUUCACAGAUCUAGUCGUUGGGUUUGGAAUCAAAUCUCGAGAGCAGGCGAAAUGAGAAAGAUUGAAGUGGAUGACCUCUCGUGUUUAACGAACAAAAUGAGAUUCUGUUAGAAGUACACUCUCAGCAUCUUCAAUGUCAGAGCGCUUUGUGACAUGUCCAAAAGAUGGCAACAUUAUCAGCUGACAGCAAUGAUGCCACAAGGACAUAUUUCUGUCAUAUUCUGUGAAAUAUGAUGCAUUUAGUGCAGAAUGUCGAUGCGGUUUUGAUUAUUGAGGAAUAUAAAAUAAAGCUAGGUAUAGCGAUCUUGCAGUUUCUUCAACUCCAGUCGGUGUCAUCCUGUAACCUCAUCUAAAUCAUGUGCAUUUUAAUGUGCUGUAAAUAAAAUCCUUAUUGUGAA